AUGAAUAACGCGAGCGGCUACUGCGCAUGCCCAGAGGAUCCCCGGGAACCCAGGCCAGAGCAGCAGAGCGCCGAUAGAUCCAUAGCGUUCUGUAAGGAGUUAGUGUGAGCGCUCGGCGCGCGGAUUGUACGGCCUGUGUGAGUUGAAGACUGAGGCUGUAUAGUGAGUGGUACAGCCGGGUGAGAGGACAUCUGACCCUGUAGUAACGCUGAGCGCUGUACUGAGCGCUAUAGGAAUACAAUGAGGUGUCACAAGAACUACACGUCCCAUCUUUUCUGUUGUCUGGUUUCUGCACUAGUAAUAUUGUCCGCAGUAGCAGAAGAACAUGCACAUCCGAAGGUUGUAGAAGGAACACACACAGGCGGCCAUUUCGAUAAAAAUGUGGUACAUGAUAAGGAACACAUAAUGGAGCACUUAGAAGGAGUUGUUCAGACGCCAGAGACAGAAAUGUCCCCUCAGGAGCUGCAGCUUCAUUAUUUCAAGAUGCACGACUACGAUGGGAACAAUUUAUUAGAUGGUCUUGAGUUGGCAACUGCAAUUUCCCAUGUGCACAAAGAGGGCAAUAAUGACCAAACCCAGACGAUAUCCGAGUCGGAACUGAUAUCCAUGAUAGAUGACGUUCUACGAGACGACGAUAUCAAUAAUGACGGAUUCAUUGAUUAUGCAGAAUUUGCUAAAUCGAUGCAAUAAAGACUUUUUGCAGAUAGAUGUUUUCUCUCCUAAAUGUGACAUUUUACACAUCUCGGGGGGGGGGGGGGGUUAUAGCUUUCUUUAUAGCACAGUUGUCUGUAUUUAGUUGUGGGUGCAUAGUUGUGAUUUCCUGUGGUCAUUGAUUAUUGGUCUGUUUAUAUAGAUUAAUGAUGAACCACUACUAUUAAAGGAGAACAAUGUC